ACCGAUGGACCUGUCCUGUGUGAGAUCAGUGUCAGCACAGUGAUCAUAUAUAUUGUGACACUGCUCAUCUGCCUCUGUGGGCUGGCUGGGAAUGGGGCUGUCCUCUGGCUCCUCUACAUUAAUGCCACCUCCGACUUCAUCUUCAACCAGGCCACCUUGGACUAUCUCUUCCUCACCUUCAUGGUCCCUUCCACCCUGCUCUUCCUGCACGAGGAAGUGUCCUGCUCCACUAUAAUGUCUCGGAUAUAUUUUAGCUUGCUUUUCCAGCUGUCCCAGUUCUCCUACAACAUGGGGCUGUACCGGCUGACAUUCAUCAGCUGUGAGAGGUGCAGAUUCCUCCUCUGCCAGGUUUUCUGUGUUUGCCAACGUCCCUUGCGCCUGUUGUGGGUGGUGAAGACUGUCUUGUUCUGGGCCUUCUUCUUUCUUGUCAUCGCUGUCAAUCCCACGGUGACUUCCCUGUGCCAGUCACAGGAACAGGAGCAUUGCCAGGUGGCUCUCCUCUCCAUGUAUGUCCUCAACUUCUUCCUGUUUGCUACAGCCAUGCUAAUUUCCAGCAUAAUUUUCUUCAUUCAAUUCAACCCUGGCUACCAGCAGAGGGAACACAAGAGGCUCGACUUCGUCAUCUUCCUCACUGCACUCUUCAGUCUGCCCCUCAGUCUCUUGUAUUUACUGCAGCAGCUCGAGUACACCUCGCCUGUGUCCACCGAGGUGAUUUUUCUAUUAACCUGCAUCAACAGCAGCAUCAAACCCUUCAUCUAUUUCUUGGUGGGGAUCUGGAAGGAAGACUUCUCCUUGAGGAGCUGCUGGAGAGACUGCUCCAUUGACAGCUGCUGGAGUCACAUCUCCAUGCAGUCCCUAAGGGAGGCCCUCCAGAGGGUGUUUUAGGAGCCAGAAGGAAACACUGCUCCCAGUGAUGAAAACAAUGCUCCCAGUGAUGAAAGCACUGCCUUCAGUGAUGAAAACACUGCCCCCAGAGAUGAAAACACUGACC